AUGGCCGCCGCAGCGGGCUCCCAUUCGGUGAGCGCGCUGCUCUCUAGGUCCGUCUUCCUCCUCGACAUCAGCAACAACGACAUGUAUGUCUUCGCGGCAGCUGAGCUGCUGACGCAGAAUAGGUCAGCGGCAGACCAGCGCAGAGACGCCGCCGAGCUCUAUGCCAACCUCAUCUCCAACUACUCCGCCACCGUAACGGAAUUGUACUCGAUGGGCGCCAGGAACUUGGCCAUCGUCAACGUCUGGCUAGUCGGCUGCGUGCCGACGGACACCCUCAACCAGCUCGCCACUGGCUUCGACGACGCUCUUCGGUCCCUACUCGCCGGCCUCGCCCCGAGGCUGCCGGGCCUCGUCUACUCCCUCGGCGAUGCCUUCGUCUUCACGCGGGAUGCCGUGGCCGACCCGCGGACGCUGGGGUACACCGACGUCGCCGGCGCGUGCUGCGGGAGCGGGCUGGCGCCGUGCCUGCCCAACUCCACGCUCUGCGCCGACCGCGACCACCAUGUCUUCUGGGACCGAGCGCACCCUUCACAAUGGACCGCUUUUCUCACGGCCCAGGCGUUCUAUGAUGGGCCGGCCAAGUACACGACUCCCAUUAACUUCAUGCAGCUGGCCCAGUCCAAUUAG